AUGUUAAAGAGUGGGGAGUUCUCCAAUGUAGGGGAUGGAAUGCCCCGGUCAUCCAUCCUCAAUCUCCCUCCCGAGAUCCUGAGCCAGAUCCUCGGCCUUAUUCUGGGCCGGAUUUCUUUCGAACGGCGACUCGGCAUCCUGCGUUCAGGUACCGGCAUCAUUGCCCUUCUCCUCACCUGUCAGCAAUUUUACCGCCUCACAGUUCCCCUGCUGUAUCACGAACUGGAGUUUUGCUACCCGUCUGGAAGAAGAACGAACUGCCUCUACCGCUCCUUGCAAUCCGACCCGAGCCUACUCUUGCCCGUCCGAUCUCUUGUCCUGGUCCUACAACGCGAUCGGACCAAGACCUGCAUUUCACUCGAGGACUAUGCGGCUGCAGCCAAUGUGUUAAGCCUCUUUUGCGGCGCCAAGGUCUACACGCUGAGGAUCCAGGGAGAGGUGGUUUGGUCGCCCGAGGACCAGGAACGCCUCCAAUCACAACUCGAGCCUGGACAGUCUAUCGGAAACGGCCAAUGGGAGCUCCUACAGCAUGCUCUCCGGCACCUUCCAGCAUUACGGAGGGUGGAGCUGAUGGGCGUUAUCAAUGAACCUCGUGACGGCUUCGGGGGCCGGUUUGAAUGUCAGCUGCAGGGCUAUGCGGAGCUGCGUGCGUUGCCCGGCACAGACCCGACAACCCCGUCGGCGAUCAGAAGAGAGGCCCACGAGGGUUGCGCUGCUUUACAGGUCCGUCUCUCUCCUUCCAUUGGUCCCGAUAUCAUUCUUUUCCUUUUCGCUCCCCCUUUCCUCCUGUCUUUCCUGGAUGAUGCGGCUUACGGCUUGGUUGAGUUCAGCCUGGCCUUCGACGAGCUCCUCAAGAACGGAAUCCCGCACACACCCGCCACCGUCAAAGUCUUCUAUCCCUGGCUGCAGGCCCACCCCCACACUCUCCGCCGCAUGGUCUUCGGUGCAAUCCCGUUCUACGCCCUGGGCCUGGAGUUCCGGGCCUCCACUUUCCCCAACUUGCACACGGUCGUCUGCUUGCCCUUCCACGUCAUGUCUGAGACGCAUCCCCGCGUUUACUGGCGUCCUGCCGCAGCGAUUGAUCAGCUCUUAAGCCCGACAGUGCGGACGUUUGUCUGGGACCUGAUCAGCUACGGAGAUUUCUGGGGGCCAGGCUUGUUGGGGUUCGACGAGCCACAGGCGCGCUGGCUGCUGGCGUUUGCCGAGGGCGCCUUGGCGGGCAAAGGCCAGGCGCUGCGGACGAUUCGGAUCGAGUUCGUGCCGUAUAUCGAUUGGCUAGGCUAUGUAGACCCGGACGAUUAUCCAUGGGAUCGCAUGGAGCAAUUAAAGCAAAAGAUGCGCGUGCUAGGGAUUGCGUUGGAGUACAACACUCCGACUCUCACGCGUGAAGAAUAUUCACGGUCUUGUAAGGAAGUUCGGCAGUUGGUCGAAAGUGGCCAGCUGCCUCCAAUGGUGGAUAGGGUGUGA